AUGUCCUCUCCUUCCCUCCCCAUGCCCUCUCUCCCCCCCAGCCCUCUGGCCAUGGAGUACCUAAACGACUUUGACCUCCUCAAGUUUGAGGUAAAAUCUGACACUCCUCCACUACCUCCUCCAUGUGUGUAUCCCAAAUCUGGCCUCACCCAGGACCCCUCCAGCUCUCCGUACACCAGCCACCCUCCGCAGGACUCCAGUUUGAGCUCCAGCCCUUACAACUCGCUGCCACCCUCGCCCACGCUCAGCGAUGCCCACCCACCACCUUCGGGCUCUUCCUCCCUCUCUUCGUCCUCCUCCUCCAUCUCCUUCCCCCUCUCCAUCUCCAACAGUUUCACCUCCGGCAUCAGCUCCGGCUCUCAGGGGAACGUGGAAGGCAGCCCCGCCCACGGUGGGCCUCAGGGUCCCACCCCGGCCUCGCUGGAGGACCUGAUCUGGCUGGCAGCACUGCAGCAACAGUUUGGAGGAGAGGUGACGGGGCCCGCCACUCUGCUGGGAGCCUUGGGAGGGGUGCCAGAGCGAGGGGACAGAGAGAGGGGGCCAGUCAACGGCUUUCUUGGCUGUGAGGACGCUGUGGAGGCUUUACUUAACUCAGCUGCUGCAGCUGUCAGCUCACAGUUUCCAGGUCUUUCUCAGAGUUCAAGCAGCAACCUGGGAGACUCCAGCAGCGACAGUGGGACUGACAUCUCCUGCCCCAAAGGGACAGAUAUGUGCCAUCGCCCGCUCGUCUUCCUCUCAUCAGCCCCUCCCUCACUCCCCAACGCCGCCCCCACCUCAGGUCCCUACCCACAACCCCUCAGCCCCCAGGGCCGCCUUCAUCACCACCAGCAUCACCAUCAUCAGCAUCACCCGCACCACCCCAUGCAUGGCAGCCAUCAUCAUCAUCACCACCCACAAAUGAAUCAGUGUGGGGUGAACGACCGCUUCUCUGAUGAGCAGCUGGUGAGCCUGUCGGUGAGGGAGCUGAACCGACACCUUCGGGGAGUGAGUAAGGAUGAGGUGGUGCGCUUGAAGCAGAAGCGCCGCACACUAAAGAACCGUGGCUAUGCCCAGUCCUGUCGCUACAAACGCUUACAGCACCGCCACGCUCUGGAGUCAGAGAAACAUGUGCUCACACAACAGUUGGAUCAGCUACAGUGUGAGCUCACUCGAGUGCUGAGGGAGAGAGACGCCUACAAGGCUCGCUACGAGAAGCUCCUCAGCACGAACCACGGCAUCGGCGGCGACGCCCCACCGACCCGCACCAGCAACCCACCUUCCCCGCCCCCUGAUUACUUCCUCUGA